AUGCAUCUACCACAAUUUCCAGAAACUAAUAUUGAAAUUAUACUAUAUCAAAAUGUUUCAAAUGCUAGUGACAUACGAUCAAGCAUAGCUGAACUACCUUAUGCUUUCAUCGAUGCAUGCACCAUCUGCUCUGUCGAGCAACUUAUGUCUGCUAUAUACAGAGUACUAAUCGAAUCAAAAUACAAUAGACUGAGAACUAAGAGUCUCCAUUCUGAAGUGUUAUUGGCUUUAUCUCCUACAUCUAAUAUUGGCGAGGCAUUCAAGAGAUUUGGGAUUAGUGACAAAACCAAAAAUCUCAUUAUGGUCGAGAUUAGCCAAAGUGAUAGUAAUUGUUCUUUAGAUAAGACUGUUGUUACUGGAGAUAUUGUAGACUUUAAGGAUGAAAACUUACAAAAAAAUAGUGACUUAGAUGCUAUAAGAAAAAUAUAUAAAAUUGACCAAUCUGUAAAAUUUGAGGAUAUUUCUGAGUUAUCAAGAGCAACUGUAAACGCCAUUCAAUUGAGAGGUCUUUGA